CCCGACAUAAAUGUCGUUGCGCGCCGCACCAUCUCGGUGAUGAAAUGAAGUCCGACAGCGCCGCCACGGCUGCUGCGCUCAGGGGCGCCACGCUGGCCUUUCGCAGGGACAGGGUCGACGUCGAGCAGCAGCGGGCCGAGGGGGCCGCCGGGAGGAGGGCGAUGGACAACGGGGCGUUUACGGCUGCGACGGAGGCGGUUCGCGGGAGGGCUGAGAGGAGAGCAGUCACAGAUGGGAAGAUGGUGCAGCUACAGCAGCAGCUGCAGGCCAUGGGCGGCGGGAUGGCGGGCGGGGGUGGCGCCACGACGUCGCAUUUGCUGUCGUCGGCGGCGGCGGCGUCGUCGUCUGGGUCUGGGUCUGGGGCUGGCGAGAGGAUGCCUGCCAAGAAGCAGAGCCAGAGCUUGAUCGCGGCGACGCUGGCCGCCAGUCGCAGCGCCAGUCCGACGGCGGGCAGGGCGGCGAGGGCGGACGGUCUGGCGAGCAGCGGCGGGAGCGCGAAUACGUCGGGCGGCCUUGAUGAUGUCGUGGACGCGGGUCCCCUGGCGUCGACGGGGUCGCUGAUUUCCAUGUUUGAGAGGGCUAGGGGGAGGCCGUCGCCGCCCGAGUCCGUCGCGAGCAGUGCAGAGGAAAAGGUGGACAAGACGAGGACCAAGGCGACGACGACGACAACCACCACCACGACAACGAAGGGCAGGAUGCCGGGCAAGGGAGAGGCGCCGCCGACGCCACCGGCUGCAAGGACCACGACACGCCGAGACCCGGUGGCUGACGCAGGGCCCGAGGAUGGGAGCAGAGCUCCAGCUGGUGACGGAAGGCCCAAGCAAAGGCCCAAUCCUGCAACUACGGCACCGGCGGCGGAGUAUUCGGACAUCUCGGCUUAUCCAAUGCCAUCCCUCACCUCGCACAGACAACCACCGCCGUUCCAGCAGCUGCAUCAUCAGCGUCCGACGAGUUUGAAAGAGCACAUCACGGCAGUCUCUUCUCCCCGGCUGCCAUCAUCACCUCCACGACCCAUGACGCCAACCUCUGCCCCAGCUGUCCAGCCAUCAACACCAGCUUCGUCGUCAGAUCCACGUCCUGCUGCUCCCAGGAGCUCGCAGACCACGACGGCGCUGCAUCCAUCGACACCUCCGCCGCUCAAGCCUCUUAUGAGCAGGCAUGUCGCCGAGGUCGUUUCUCCCCAGCCGAGGCGGGUCGCGAGAUCGCCGCUGAGUCCCGUCACGUCUCCUCACCUUGCGCUGAGCCCGGGCAUCAACGCUGCGCUCGCGCCGCCUUCUCCCGAUCCUCCCAAGAAGAGCCAGGAUUCUGCGACGAAGCGACCGCCGACGCCGCCGAAGCCUCGGGGCAGCGGAAAGAAUUCAUUAGAUAAAGACCAAGGUCACGAUCAGGACAAGUCUGGGCUUCGAGGCCGGUCGCAUAGUAGUAAUCAUACUGAUGGGUCGUCGUCCGGCCAGACGCGGAGCUCUGGAGCUUCCGCAGCGUCUCGGCCAGCCGGACAGUCGACGCCUCCUUUUUACCAACAUGAAGAGCCUCGCCUGUCUUCGAUGGCCCUAGCUAGGAGGCACUCGACGAUGAGCGUCCCGUCAUUGUCUCCGUCGAGGGAGCUAAUUUCUCAGCGGCGCCUUGCCAACGGUUCGCCGAACCGACACACACAGCUGGACAAUCUCACUGAUGCGAUUGUGGCCGGGUCACUGGCCUCUACCCGACUGACGCCUCAUAAUACGGGGCCUAGCUCGCUGGCUCCCCCUCCCUUGCCGAAACGACAGAAGUCGCCUCGACUUUUGCAGACGCUCCGACAGCCGCAUAACUUGCCUGAAGAAGAGGAAGAUCACCACCACCACAAGAAGGGACACAGGGCGCUACUACGCAAGGGGAAGCAUGCACACCACGAAGGAUCAAGGAAGAAGUGGCGCGAGGAGAUUCGGCCACGGGAGAGGAAGCGGUACGAGGCGCUGUGGGCGUCCAACCGCGGCAUAUUACUCACCGACACGCGGGUGAUGAGCCCGGCUACGAGCAUCAGCAGCGACCUCGACCGAGACGUCUCGCAGUGCGUGGCCAACGUCGUGGUGAGGGAGGUGUGGAAGCGGUCGAGGCUGCCCGACGACGAACUGGCCGAGAUCUACGACCUGGUGGACCGAAGCAGGACGGGCAUGCUGAGCAGGGCCGAGUUUGUGGUGGGAACGUGGCUCGUCGACCAGCGGCUCAAGGGGAGAAAGGUGCCGGCCAAGGUGACGGAUAGUGUCUGGGGGAGCGCCAACGGCGUCCGGGUCAAGGGGCCCAACGGGAAGUGAUGGUAUGAAUAUAUUAGAUUUACUGGCUU